UUCUUGAACCGGCUGUGUUGGCGCUACGUUUUGUUGAUUUUCUUCAGUUUACAUUAGCAACCCCAACCAAAAUCACUAUGGCUUCUGCUAAAAUUGAUAACGAAAUGCGGUCGCAAAUCGACACCGUAUGUACCACAGCGGAAGCAUUCGUAAAGCUGUACUACGAUCAUGUGGAUAAGAAGCGUCAGCAUAUGGGCCCACUAUACAUGGACACGGGGCUGCUCGUGUGGAAUGGGAACGGUGCGAAGGGAAAGGAAGAAAUACAGAAAUACUUCCAUGAUCUACCACGCUCGGAGCACACAGUCAUAUCGAUCGAUGCACAGCCCAUCGUAGACGAUGCCGUAUCCUCCCAGCUAACCUUCGUCAUGCAAGUUGCCGGCAUGGUAAAGUUCCACGAACACCCAGCGAAACCAUUCCAGCAAACGUUCAUGAUCACGGCCCAGGGAGACAAGUGGAAGAUCGUUUCGGACUGUUUCCGCCUACAGGAUGGCAUUUUGUAGUGUUGUGAGGCUGCGUCAUUUAUCUUUAAUUUACUAUUAAAUUGCCAAUGAAUAAUAGGCUAACAUUGCCAACAGAAUAAAGAGUGAUUGCUUCAUUACUUCCUUC